CUCACCUUUUCCCGCCGAGUCCCCUGGUUCCCCAACUGCCCAACCAAGCCACCCACCCAUCUAUCUCCCUUCGACCUGUUUCACCUUGAGCCCCUCUCUCGUCUGAUUCUCCUGGUCGGCAAGGCUGUUGGUAACACAUCUCGCAGAGCCUUGCAGUGCCGCUGGGGUUCGCGACACACGCACCCGCACGAAAAAGCUCGGAUUGUGCGGCCAACAAGCUCGGCGCAGGACGGCACGACAGCAUCAGGUACCACGCAGUACCUCUGUACCGCAGUACCCGGCACUCAGUCAGACCUCGCAUGCUUGGCUGGGUCUUGUGCAGCAAACCCUCGCUCGCUGUGGGGAAAGGCCUGGAUCCAGUGCCCCGUUCUCCCCUGGUCUGUGGAUUCUUGUGGGCAACCCCCAAAUCUCAAAUCUCCCUCUUCCUGCGUCUUGUCGCCGCGUGUGCUGCACAGAGUAUAGUGUACAGUACUGCCAAUUCUCCCAAUUCUGCCAGUCCUGCCAGUCCUGUCCUGCCCAGUCUUUUUGCCCAGGUUUGCUGCGAGUCGAGGCUGGCCCAUCGUGUUGCCGUCCCGUCCUGGCCGCCCAGAUCACCUGCUGCAAGCCCCUUGUCAGUCAGUCAGACCUGCCGUGGGCUGGAGUGGGCUGCGCUACGGAUUAGUGUACUUGUUGCCUCUCGCCCCUCCUGCACUGCAUUGCACUGCACUGCAGGUACCUAUCGCACCAGCACAAAGUGGACUAAGUGCUAAGUGCUCAGCCCUCCUCCGUCCAGCCGCAGCACGCACGUUGAACCCUGGGCCGGUGGACCUGAGACUUUAACGCCAGUGGCCCGCCGCGCCGCUCCCCAUCCUCGACCAAGCCAUCCUUGGGUCCUUGGGUUCUUAGCACCCCCCAGCAUCCCAGCACACAGCAUCCCAACCGAGAAAAGACCCAGAACGACCUGGGACUCGGGCCCCAUCGACCACCACACUCAAUCGCCUUGUCCCCCGACUCGUCGCUCCGUGCUUUCUUUCCUCUCCGCUACUCAUCAUCAACCACAUCCAUUCAACACCAGUCGGCCAAACACGACAACCACCACCACACCCUCUCAGCAAGCGGCCCCAACUUCGACCCUCGUUCUACACCACACCGUCUCCACCUCUGCAGCCCAGCGACCGCUCUUUCAGCCCGCCGAUCCACCGACAACACCGACAUUUCCAAUCCUUCUGCUGUCUCCUAAAUUUGUCCUCGUCGCCACCAUCCCGUCCUGCCCGCAUUUCCACCUGCUUCUUCUCCGCACUCUCCCGCCCUUGUCUUGGCACGACCAUAUUACAAGACACCUCCCGCCGCGGCUCCUUUGACUCCUCUGAAGGAGUCGUCACGCCUGCCCGCCCUGGCGUUCCGGACUGAAUCUCGGCGGAACCUCCUGCCCGCCGACCCGGGCUUCUCACAGGCCUUUCAAGAAGGAGGCUAUUACCACAGAGAGGGCAUCGCUCCCUCAAGUCGCGGCAGUAUGAAGCGCGGUAGUCUAAAUUUUAUGGGUGGCCUAUGGCCCAAGGCCUUCUUCGCAGCCGCCUCGCUGCAGGCCAUAGUGUGUCUGGCCUUCGAAUCGUAUACCUUUGCUAUGUUCCAGACGCAUCUGUUAGAAUCCGUAUUGAAGGCCGACAACGACACGCGCGCCCAGUACAAGACCAUCCCGACCUUCCUCACGCUCUUCAUCUUCGGUUUCUUGUAUGAGUUGUUGCUGGUGUGGGACGCCCUCCGAUUGAAGAACACCAUUCAGAUCAUCGGAAUCUGCAUCGCGAACCUGGCUCUGCUCGUAUACACCGCAAUCCAAAUCGAUCAAAUCCACGAGGCUCUAGUCCUUCUGGGCCAGAACAGAGGGCUGGACGGCGGCUACACCAAGCCCACGGGCGAGGUAGUAUCGCCGCAGGAAGCACUAUGGGACGAAGUGCAGGGCUUCCUCAUAGCGAUCCCCAUCAUUCUCGCUGUGGGAACAAUCGUCCUGUCAUUCAUCGCCUGGAAACUGUACCAGGUCUUCGCAUGGGACAUCCUGAAGCAGAUCGGAGCAGACUACAGGAUGAAGAAGAGGUUUCUCCACUACCAGGUUUAUAUCGCCCUGCUCAAGUUCGACUUUUUCUUCUUCCUCGGCUUCACAGUGCAGUUUAUAGUUAUUGUCACUGGCUAUACCGACGCCGAGAUGUACCUGACCAUCGCUGCCAUCCCGAUCACCAUCCUCAUCCUGCUUGCCGCGGCGUACUUCACCAGGAACGAGAACAAGUUCGGAACCGUGUGCGUUAUAAUCUGCUACGCGGGCGCUCUUGCCUACUUCAUCUUCAAGCUUGUGCGCAUCUAUCAACCCAGUCACGCGGCGUUCUACAUGCCGGUGCGCAAGUCCCUGACGGCAUUCGCGGUGCUGGCAAUCCUGCUGCUGAUAUUCACCAUCACCAACGCCUUCUACUGCAUGAACAACUUCGGCGCAGGCCUCAAGACGCACCUGCUCAAGAAGAAGCCGAGCGAGGAGAAGGGCGACGGAAGCAGCAGCGUCGACACAUACGCCAUGAAACCAACGGCGCCAACGCGGAUGACAAUCGACUAAGGAGGGGGCGAUUCAACAUCUUGCCGCAGCACACGAGGUUCACGAGUUAAUGACCGCAUUGUCCGGAAGCUACUCAAAUCUCUCCCGCUACUGGAUCGCUGGCUCGAGAGCGGGCGACAGACAAUAUGGUCCAGCACGAAACACAGAGACGAAAGCACGAACCGGGCACAAUUUACAUAUAAACCAAUUGCGGAUACACCAUAUUUGCCCUUCUACAUCUAAUGGCGUUCUUGAGGGAUUCCCUUUUCUUUUGUUACAAUUUCCCAAACCGGAUGUUUGGGGAAUUUGGUGUUCAGGGUCCUUUUGCUUUGGGGGCUUUAACGGAGGACAUUCCAGGAAAGAGAUGUCAGCCCCGUGACCUGCUCUCUCUCGGACAGGGGUGUGUGUGAAAACUAUAAAGAGGAGGUGGAAAGACCUGGAUUGUCUAACCGGACAAUGACUGGGUGGGAGAGAGGAGAUGAAGGGACACAGGGCUUUUCCCCAAAUGACACGAGGGCUACUGAGCAUUUACAGCGGGCUAUAUUUUUUUUAUUCUUUUUUUCUCUUUUACUCAUCUUUUGAUAUCCCCGAGAGUGAAAAGGGGGGCGUUUUGAUCUGGCCCCCCCAGAACAACCCCACCCUCACCUCACCGGCUGGGAGAGGGAUACUACCUGGUUGUUGUUCUUUUUCUCUCUUUUUUUCUAUGUCUAGCCUAGUACUUUUACUUGGUCGGUUCCUCGCCCAAGGACGAGUUCGAGGCACCAACCAUGCUAUGUAGCACAAAACCUGCUCUCGAUCCUGAGACGACGAGUGAACGGAGAAAUUGUCUGCUUUGAUCAGGCCUUCCUUCCCGAGAACUGAGACUUACUUGCCUUGUGUGAAUGUGACCUGUUUGGUUGGUGUUCCUGUUGCCCUUCAAUCAUGCGCAUGUGAGUGUGUAUGUGUGUGUGUGUAUGUACGUAUGUACGUGGUGGGCACCGUCUCUGCGCGUUGACAUACCUCACAUGCUACACACAUACAUCAUCAAUCACAACUGCACUUUUGAAACCCGGUGUGCGCUCCGGUGACGAGGGGGGCAGUUGGUGUGCGCCCAGUCGGGGCAAGUGGAUUUAUUUGCAAAGUCCAGCCCGGGCUUGGGAUGCUUAUCAGGUCCCCCCUCCCUCCCUGGUCAGCCAGGCCGCUCAGAUGAAUCGCGACGCGACUCAGCUGGUAUCUGAGCUGCCGGAGUGGAGGAGGGGGGAGGGGGCAACGGGGCCGGGAACGCGGUUCCGGGGAACUCGGCGAGGGAGGUUCCGUCGUCGUGGUCAAGCGAGCCCGCGGGUGCUGGGAUGCCCGGCGGGAGAGGAGGGGGACCGAUUAGGCGCUGAUGAUUCGAGUUGUUGUGAGCGAGCGAGACGGUUUUCGAUGGACGACGGGGGAAUGUGAUGAAAACGGGAUGGAUAGAUGGGGAGCGCGUCCUUUGUAGAUGUUAGGCAGCCCUGCGGUUUCUCCAUCGCCUUUCACCUGGAUAGGUACUUUUUUUUUUUUAAUGAAAAGAAAAU